CCGCACCAGCUGCUGAAUGCCAUCACCACCAGGAGUGGCAAGUCCACAUCCGCGGUACCUGCCCAGGCUAGGAGGAAGAGCCACUGCCUGCUUCAGCACUUCCAGACGAUGAUGUAGAAGUGAGGGUGGAGAAGGAAUCUCCUACUCCCAAGCCACAACCAGUGGUUAAGGAGCAUGUACCCCAGCUUCCCAUCCCCACUCGACUACAUAAAGAUAAGCUGGAGACUGAGUUUGCCAAGUUCAUGGCAAUGUUGAAGCAGCUCGAUGUCAGCAUACCCUUCAUGGAGGCACUGUCGAAGAUGCCCAAGCACGCCAAGUUCAUGAAGGAUCUCCUCAUCAACAAGAAGAAACUUGGGGAUCUUUUGACAGUGAUGCUGAGCGAGGAAUGUUCUGCCAUCUUGCAGAACAAGCUGCCCAAAAAGCGCAAAGACCCAGAGAGUUUCACUAUCCUUCUUAAUAUUGGCAGCAUGCAUGUAGGGAAGUCCUUGGCGGACCUAGGAGCUAGCAUAAAUGUCAUGCAAUAUAAUCUGUUUAAAAAGCUAGACCUAGGUGAACUUAGCCCUGCUAGGAUGAGCAUUCAGUUAGAUGAUCGCUCUAUUGUGCAUCCUAGGGGUAUCAUAGAGGAUCUGCUUGUUAAAGUAGGCGCAUUCACAUAUCGUGUUGAUUUUUUUGUUUUGGAUAUAAAUGAGGAUGUGGAUGUGCCUUUGAUUUUGGGUAGACCAUUUCUUGCCACCGCCAAGGCACUUAUUGAUGUGCAUAGUGGUAAACUGAUCUUGCGUGCUGGGAAUGAACAUGCUACUUUUUCUGUGGCUGGCCUUGAUCAUUGUGAUAUGCCUGCUGUCACACCUAUGCAUGCGAUUUCUCACCAGGUACACGAGUCUGUCGUGUACCCCUCUGUGCAUCUCGUUUUGCAGGAUCCCCCUCUCACGCUUUCGCCGCCACUCCCUUCAACCUCACUUCCCAAUAAAAAGCUCAAGGAGGAGUGGCGGGCGAAGCCGCAGGUGGCUAAGCCUGCAUGGAAGAAAGGUGGAGACCACUAUGAGCUGGUUCCACCUCCUGCACCACGACCACACUGGCCAUCCGAGUACUCACUCGCCUGCAUCUUGCCUGAUGGCCAGGUCGAGCUGACCAAUGCUGGUGGUCGCACCCAUCGGGUGCACGGCCGCAAUCUGAAGCUGUACCUCUAGAGCGAUGUGGAUCCGCUCUUAGAGGCACCUAUUCCUGCACCCCACUGAGUAUCAACCAUGGGCGUCCAGCUAAAAGACGGUAAAGAAGCGCUUGUGGGGAGGCAACCACACCACGGUUUUAAUUUCUUUCUUUUGUUUUGAGUCGGAUUGUAACUGGUUUGGUUUUGGUUUGUUUUCUUUUGUUUUGGAUGAUGUAUUAUUGGGCUAACCAUUGGACCUAACAUAUUGUGUUUGAGCUCUUCUGUUCCCCUUUAGCUGUGCUUUGUCCCUGACUGGUCCCCUCUCCAGUCCUCUUCGCUCAGACUGGUCCACUUCCAGUCUCAUGUAGUCCAUGCACACCGGUAACAUCGUUCCCCUUAUCUUUCCCUCUUCUCCAUUGAGGGCAAUGUCGAUCUUAAGUGUGGGGGGGAUGUUUCUCUUUUGACUGCAUUAGAUCUGUUUGUGUGCUUGGAGCCUAGUCCACUGUCCAAAUUUUUAAAUUUGAGGGCUCCAAGUAAGUGUUCCCAUGCAAAUUGCCUGCUCAGUAUGCUUUGAAUUGACAGUCUCUGUAGUAAUGUGCAACCUAGGGAGGUAGUGUAGCACUAUAGAGGAUGUUGAAGUAUAAUAUUUUUCCUAUCUAGCUCUCUGCUGUGCCAGUUGAUUUUGUGAAUUAGUGGAGCUAGGACCGUUGAAUUCAUGUGAUAAUGGUGACUCUAUGUGGAUUGUGUUAUGGACUCGUGUAUCGAACAGGGUGCUCAUGUGGAAAAUGAAAAAUGCAGUUGGUCCUCCAUGUCAAAAUCAUCAAAAUCUUAAACAUGGGGUAAGCUCAACGUGUGCGGCACCGUUCAUUGCACCAAAUCGGGUUUUGGAAGAGAUUUUAGUGAUCCUUAGUGGGGUACUCCUAUAAGGUGAGGCUAAGUGACACGCUAAAACACAACACCUAACAAUGGCCAAGUGUAACCAAUGAAAGGGACUGCAGUAUAGUGGCACAAGUAAUAAAUAUCGAAUCCACGGGUCUCUAGAGUUACUAUUACUCAGCUUCAGUUCAUUAUCUAGAAAACUAGAUUAAGGAUUGAUUUAUAAACUAAUCUACUAACUACUCUACUAAUUACAAGUUGUGAACUCACUUAGGUAUGAUUCCCCCUAGCUCCUCAAUUAGGUCCAAGUUGCAAUUACCUUUGGUUGAUCUACUGUUGAUUAAACUGCGGAAGAUCCGACAGUAGCUUGGAAUCUCUUAAGCUGACCAAGCCCUCUCAGUCCAACUACCCGGCAGGCGACUAACCUUCACCGCGAUAGAAAGCUGAGGCUAUGAACACAAAACUCCACUACCGGAAUUGGAUUCCAGUACAAAGCAGUAGAUUGACUAACUCUCGUAUAACCAAUUCACCACCAUCAAUCAAGGAAGCUCUCUUAACCUAAUCAGAUUCUAUCUAUCAUAGGUUAAAGCAGAAAUCAAGAGAAUUUGAUCAA